AGCCGAAAAUGUCUAAGGAAAAAGCUAGAUGCGUGCGUGCAAACAGAGGGAGCCCCAGCAAAAGCACCCGGGAUGGUGCAAGAAUAUGCAGAAACUCCUUGGCAAACGUGUGAAGGGACUCCUUCACACUCACACACAACCCUGGGGCUCGGGCCAGAAACCGCGGAAACUCAACAGCGAGUGUGCCAAGGAACCAAGGCUCCCCACCCUCAAGGGGUACGCGAGACAGCCCUUCCGCUGGGCUGCUCCCAGAAUCACUGCUUGCCCAAAGUGCGGUCAGGCGGUGGGUCCGGCUGGCCGCGGCGGGCCCCGCGCAGCAGUCCCGCGGUGGCUCACUGCAUCUUCGCUCCGGCCGGACGCCGGGGGCUCGGGCUCGGCCAGCUCACUGUCCCCGCUGGCUCGGCCAGGGCAGCGCGGGGCUCGGAGGGCGGGGCGCGCGCAUGGUCGGCUCCGGGACGGCUGCUACCUCAUUACUUCCCUCCCGGGGUGGUUCAGCUCCGCUCCCGGGUUCCCCUCCGUCGGCGGCCCGCCUUUACAGCGCCCUCUCGGUGCUGCGCGCGGUGGCCAGCUCCGCCGCCUCACAUCCUUACCGUCCGGGAGGAAGAUCUCGGAAAUCACCAAGACCUGGGCCUGCCCCACAGCAAAAGGAACUUGAAUUCAGACACUCCACCCCCAGGGUGAAUUGCAACUCCGUUAAU